AUGACUAAUAUUAGCAAAAAAAUUUAAUAAAAAUAAAAAAUUUUAAUUAACUUUUAUUUANGGAGCAACAAGUUGCUUGUUUUAACUAGAAAAACAUCUUUUAAAGUUAAUAAGCUAAAGAAUCAUAAUUACUAUAGUACUUACUUCCGAAACAUGUAAAUCUAUAAUUAUAUUUGAUAGAUUUUACAAACAUUUCUUGAUGAUAAUAAUAGAACAAGAUGUUUAAGUGAUAAAAUAGAGAAUGUAACUAUCUUAUUUGCAGAUAUUGCUGGGUUUACAGAAUAUUCAAGUAAAGUUACACCUGAAGAAGUUUUGCUUAUGCUUAAAAAUCUAUUUGUUGAAUUUGAUAGAAAGUGCUAUGAAUUGAAUGUUUAUAAAUUAUAUACAAUUGGAGAUUGUUAUGUGGCAUUUGGAAUGAUAGAUUAUAACGAAAGAAAUCCUGCAGAAGAAGCAAAAAAUAUUGUCGAUCUUGCAUUCGAAAUGAUAAGAAUUAUAGAAGUUGUUAGAAAGCAAAUCAAUUUUGAUGGACUUGAUAUGAGAAUUGGUAUACAUACAGGUUGUGUAUUUGGAGGGGUGAUGGGAACCGAUAUAGUUAGAUAUGAUAUUUAUGGACCAGAUGUAUUAAUUGCAAAUAAAAUGGAAUCUAAUGGCAAAAAAGGAUAAGUUCAUGUCAGCGAAGUCACUAAAUAAUUGCUUGAGUAAGAUUAUGAAGAUAUUUAUUUUUUUACUUUAAAUACUAAAGUUACACUAACUACAAUUAAUAGAAGUAUAGAUGGCUACAUCGUUGAAAGCUUGGCAGAAGAUGAUUUUCCAUCAGAUUAGAUUAAUUCUUAAUAAAUUUAAGUUUAAUCUUUGCAUUCAGAACAUUGA